AGAUUUUGGUGUUGAGCACAAUCAAAGUCCAUUUUUACGCCGUGAAACGCUGCGUCGAACCCAACGAUUGCACUCCAAGCAACGCACCACCGCCGCCACUCGACCUGGCCAGAAAAUUGCAUCAAUUUUGCUGCGCGGACGAGCGAGCGGCCGCCUCCUUGCCUUGCUGCCCCCAAAGAGGCAUCGCGCGAGCGAGGAGAGCGGCGCCGGCAAGGCGCAGCCGCAGCGGACGCCGCCGGGAAGCACUGAGAUAACUCAGAGCGUUUCGACGGUCGAAGAUACUGCUGCUCGUGCCGCUCGAGGUCGACCGCCCAAGCGGAGGCCGCAGACAGGAGGACGUUUUUCUCGAGAGGGACGCCGAUUCUCGAGAGGGACGCCGAGAGGAGGACGCACAGAGAGUCUCGCCCCGCGCGCGCCGCUCACCCGUCCCCCGCGCAGAUGGCCCGCACGGUUUUCGCUGUCCUCGCGUGCGCGACGGCGGUCGCCGCGUUCUCCGCGCCGCGGGCGGGCGCCAAGGCGCCGGUCGCCGUCCCCAAGUUCGAGGCGAACCCGCUCGCCAUCGCCGCGGCCGCGCCGGCGCUCGCCGCGCCGCUCGCCGCGAACGCGUUCCAGGGCUCCAUGCUCGGCAUGCCCAUCAACCUCGUCGUCGCCUUCGCGCCCGUCGUGCUGGUCGCGGUCCCGUGGGUACUCAUCGUCAUCGCGCCCGGCGCGAUCCAACAGGUCGGCCGCAUCGCCAAGGGCGACUCUGCGAAGUACUUCGGCGAGAACUAG